AUGUGUUAAGGUAACGCGUUAAGGCUAUGCGUUAAGGUAAUGCGUUAAGGCUAUGCGUUAAGGUAACGUGUUAAGGUAAUGGUAGGGACGGCCCAAGGAUCGCAAAUAGCAGUGACCAUAGCCUGUGUCCCCCGGAGAGGGCACACGGGUUCGGGAGCCAUUACUUGUGACGUAACUAGCUCGUUACCGGCUGUUUUAACUCGGACUGCGGUAGCGGCGGGGUGUAAAAUUCGGAAGUAAAUGACCGACAGUGACCUCCUGGCCAAAACGUGUUGAGGCGGAUAGGUCUUUACACUUUUUUGUCAACUAAAUAAAAGGCGCACAUUAUUGGUACUAAGAGCGAAGAAAUAUUUUAUACUCGAGCAAUUUCGUUUAAAAAAAUAAUUAAGGAGGGUGCGCAGGGUUGUAUAUUAUCGUACGAGCUAGAUAGAGACAGCAGCUCUUUGUCUCGUUUCGGUUAGUUUAGAUAAUUUAGUCUGAUAUCUGAAGUAGCUUGACAACUGCGACAAUGGAUAAAGCAAAAUCAAUUAUCGGAAAAAAAGGGUCCGGAUCUUGUCAUGCCAACGGACUUCAGAGGGAGUUUCAUUCCCAGGCUAACAUCGGCGGCUGUAACGCAUACAAAUCAAGUGGAAACUGUAGUGGUGACAGUAGCAAUAUUGAACACUUCCAUCACCUGCAGCCCGAUCAGGUCGAAGCCAAUGGGUCAUCUCCUGCGAAAAGAUGCCGGUUACGAAGAAGAGUGGAGUCGAUGAAGAGAAACAGACCACCCUUCCCCUGGUUUGGGAUGGACAUUGGCGGUACUCUGGUGAAGCUGGUCUACUUCGAGCCUAAGGACAUCACGGCGGAGGAGGAACAGGAAGAGGUGGAAAACCUGAAGAGCAUCCGCCGCUACUUGACCUCCAACACGGCGUACGGGAAGACGGGCGUCAGAGACGUCCACCUGGAACUGAAAAACCUGACCAUGUGUGGCCGGACGGGCAACCUGCACUUCAUCCGCUUCCCCACGCAGGCCAUGCACCGCUUCAUCCAGAUGGGCAGCGACAAGAACUUCUCCAGCCUCCACACCACGCUCUGCGCCACUGGUGGAGGGGCCUACAAGUUCGAGAACGACUUCAGAACGAUGGCUGAUUUAGAGCUGUUGAAGCUGGAUGAGCUUGACUGUCUGAUUCAUGGCCUGCUCUAUGUGGACUCCGUGAGGUUCAACGGCCACCCCGAGUGCUUCUACUUUGAGAACCCGUCAGACACCCAGAACAGUGUGAAGACACCGUGCAGUCUGGACGACCCGUUCCCUAUGCUGCUGGUCAACAUUGGAUCUGGGGUUAGCAUCCUGGCUGUAUACUCCAAAGACGACUACAAACGGGUCACCGGCACAAGCUUUGGCCACAUGAUGAGUAAACGUAAACGAGACUCCAUCAGCAAAGAGGACCUGGCCCGGGCUAUGCUGGUCACCAUCACUAAUAACAUCGGUUCCAUUGCACGCAUGUGUGCCGUCAACGAGAAAAUCGAGAGAGUUGUGUUUGUUGGGAACUUCUUACGGAUCAACACCGUGUCUACUAAGCUGCUGGCCUACGCCGUGGACUUCUGGUCCAAGGGACAACUGAAGGCCCUGUUCCUAGAACACGAGGGAUAUUUUGGCGCGGUUGGGGCAUUCCUGGAGCUGCUGAGGUCGUCUGAGGAGCCAUGAUGAUAUGCCAAUAUCAUCCCUCAAGAAGCUGCCGAGAAGCCGCCACAGGAAACUGGAAAAAAAGCCAUUUAAUAAUUUAACUCUAAAUAUGUUUGAACUAUUUUUCUCUAAAAAAUACCCUCAAAUAGAGGUUUUAAUAAUAAAAGCUAAUUUAAUGUCUCAUGUCAUGAACCCUGUGUGGCAGGUAAGUGCUAAGGGUCACAGAGACUGUGUUAGUUUCUUGGUACUGUGUGUAAAUAUCUAGUCUCGUAGUUCUAGAGUGCACUAAAGCCAAAACCUGCUGAGUCUGCAGUCUUCGAUAUAGAGGAAAGGGAGUUUCUCUCAACAUGUGAAUAUUGUGCCUUGUCUGCUGCUGUUCUGUCCAUCUUUGUGAAAAAGGCCGGGGGGGGGGGGUGUAUUUGUAUCAAAUGAAGGGACCAAAGAGGCUGAUUCAUCAUAAUUGACUGGCCCUUUUAAUUCAGCAUGUCACAACGAGGGUCCACUCUCCUGUUGCUUGUGGCACAUUCAUCAUAGCUUCAUUAACGCGUCAUGGUUAACAGACAUGGGGUGUUAUAAACCCAAGGUUCACCAGCCUCCUCAAACUCUCUAGUCUCUGUUAGUGAUGAAGUGCUGUUGGUACGUCUGUCAGGUUAAGAUAUAUGUUAUGAAUAUUGAUACUCUGGUUAUUUUGAGAUGCUGCACUACGAGUCCAGUACAAGUAUCCACUUCUGUUCGUUUCACACUUGCCUAUCUUCUCCAAACCCCGGACCAUGACGACACCCCUCUACAACCAGUGGUGAUGUAGAAUCGUCUAGUGUUUUGAAUUGCCUAGUAAGGACUUUUGUGGUGUUUUAUCUAACGUAGUUGUAAGAAAGCUACAUAACUACUGGCAGCAGUUGGUCUACAUAGUGAUUUUUUUUAUUUUUUUUUAAGUAUUGUAUUUAUGUCGGUGUGGGAGUUCCUCAGCCAGUGCGAAGGGUUCAUUUACCUGCAGUUUGGACAGGACAUCUCUAUUUUGGCCCCCAAAGCAAUUCCCAUAGCUGCUAUCAAUCUUCUUGUUUUAUACAUCAGUUAAAGCUAUUCAAUGUGAAUGUGCUUGUAGCUAGAAUAUUGAAGGACCACCACACUAGACAUGAUUUACCUGUUGGCUAAAACGGCAGCAAUAACUGGGCAGCAAGUAGUCAAAGAAACAUCCCAUUUAUUGCGUCCAUCAUAAUGACCUCCUCUGUUAGAAUCCAAUGUCUCAGCCUUUGCUAUUAUGACAUCACAGAAUGUUCUGUUCUUUUUUUUUUCCUUCCUCUCACUGUUGGUUAAUGGCCUCCACCUAUCAGGUGGCACCGUUGUCAAACUGGGUAGCAGUUUACUUACUGGCUACUCUGUGCCACCCACUUCUCACCUCAAACUUGUUUUGUUGCCUUUUUGUUUUUAGUAGAACUAUGAUUCUGUGCCCUACGGUCUCUUUGUUUUCUUCUUCAUGUAAAAGUGUUUAUGAUUCAGUGUGGUUCUUUGAAGGCUUCAGUUAGACCUAUGUGAAGUCACGAGUCUCACUGCAACAUGGAGUUUAGUCGGGUUAGUAGAUGGUAUCAUUCAACUGCAUGGGAUUCUGAUUUGAUUUCAUAAAGAUCUUAUUUUUUAUUUUUUUUGAGGGGGGAUGAUUUUUCAAAUGUUCAUUUUGUGGUUUUCUGUAUCGUUUUUUGGCUUAUUACAAGCAUCCCCUGUUCACAUUUGCAUGCAUGCUCUUGUGAAAGUGACAAUAGGCCUUGGUACUAGUCUGGAUCAAUGGUUAAAUUUGGGAUUACCAUUUCAAUAUUUAU